GAGUCUUCCCUUCGGGGUUCUUUCCAUCCCCCCUCUUCACGUCCCGUCCCUUCUGCCUUUUCCUUCAACUUGUGUUUUUUUCCCUGAGGGGCUCUUAUUGUCUGCUGCCAGGCCCAAACGCGUACAGAAAGAGAAGGAGUCUGUGUGUUUGAGAGAGAGAGAGAGAGAGAAGGGAAGAGAAAGGGAGAAAAGCACACGGUAAUCAUGGCGUCCCUGCGCGUCUUCCUACGACUGCUAGCCAUCACCGUUCUCAUGGCCACACUCUUACUCAGAGGUGCGUCGAGCGAUGGAGGAGGAGCGGGCCUGAAAAAGCUCCUGCAGAAGAGAGAAGCGGCGGAUGCUAAGGUGUCCCCCUCCAGUGUGGUGGUGCCGUCCUCCAAGGCCAUGCAGUUCCUGGCCGCCCUCAAGAGGCCCAAGAGGCAGCUGUGGGACCGCAGCCGGCCCGACGUGCAGCAGUGGAUACAGCAGUUCAUGUACAUGGGCUACGAUGAAGCGAGGCUGGAGGCAGACCUGGCCUACUGGAAGGACCAGGCACAGGCUGGGGACCAGGGCAGGCAGCACCACUACGACGAGAACGCCGCCCUGGGUCCUCGCCACGCCCAGGACCACAGGCACGGGGCCAACGUCAACUAUGACUACUAUUAACCCAUUGAUGCCUAAAGCACCUGCAAAAAAUGCCAGCUGAAUGCCUAAGCCCUUGUUGGGAAAGUUGCCCUCAGCCUAUAAAAACCUAAAUAUCUCAGCCUCUGAUGCACAUAAAAACAUGAAACACGGUUGCAUUUAAACCCUAAGACCCUCAUCUUGCAUUAGAAUAUGUUAAUUCAGCUGUAUACCUACAUUUUCAUUAAAAAGCUAAAAUCUCAAGAGCAUGAAUGAAGCGUAUAUGUGUCUCCAGGCACCGAAGGUCAAACAACAUAUACAAGUCAUCAGGCCAAAAAGGGUUAAUGCCCAAGGACCCUGUGACCCCAGGGCAGAGGUGUCAAAAAAAAACAAACAAAUAAAAAAACCCGGUUCAGAAGUAAAAACCCUGCCAGUUUCCUUCCAACACAAGUGACACUUCGCCAAGUAACUGGUCUACCUGUAAAUUUACAAUCAGCUGAUUCUUGCUCAGUUGUGUUUCUCGAAAUUUGGGUAGCUCCCAAAGGGAAAUUGCAUUCUAACCAGCAAAGUAACUAACAUCGUUAGCAGCUAUGGUUUUCCGAACUGCACCCGUGUGGAUCAAAUUUGUAGCAAGGCUUUUUUGUGAACCUGCGAUUGACACCUCUAGUCCUUGGGGUCUUACCACUGACCACCUGCUGUGGCUACCCCUUUCCUCUGCCAUCAUGACCUUGACAUUCACAGCCACACUAAUUAACUUCUUCCAAACUUUAAAAUAACGUGUCAAAUGUGUCUUGUCACUGGUAUAGUAUGAAUUGGAUGAAGGACACGACCGAAGUCCGUUUCACGACGGCUGUGUAGGGUCUCAAUGUAGCUCUCUUGAGACGCAGUGCCAAUUCUUUAAGUUGUUUUGCUACAGCAGGUGAGAGGGGCAUAUAAAAAUCAUUAUGUUUCCUUUUCCCUUAUCCGUUGUACUCAUUCAUUCUCAUUAUCCUUUGUCAAUGUAAGCAUUCUUUCACCAUCUCAGCAAUUUCACCUAUCCAUUUAGGCCAAAUACAAAUGCCAUUUUUACGACAGCCUCAAAGUGGAGUGAAUAAAGACGCUUUUGAGAA